AUAAGAGUGAUAAGAUACAACCGAGCAAACAGCAGAUGUUGUCCUCAGUAUCCUCAGCACUGGCGCCCAAACUGUGCAAGAUGUCUUCUCUCAAGUUUUGUGCCAACCUGAAUUUUAUGUUCACUGAAAGCCCCAAUCUAUUGGAGCGUUAUAAUUUGGCUAAGAAGGCAGGUUUUCAAGCUGUGGAGGUUGGUUUUCCGUACAUUCAUACUGUAGAGGAACUUGUUAAAGCCAAAGAAGAUGCUGGUUUGAAGCAAGUGCUCAUCAAUGUAUUUGUUGGCGACCCAAGCAAAGGAGAACUGGGAUUUGCUGCAAUUCCAGGACAAGAGGCAUCAUUCCAAUCCAGUGUUACGAGAGCGGUGGACUAUGCAAAGGCCCUUGACUGUAAGCUGAUUCAUGUGAUGUCUGGAGCUGUGCAGAACCCUACCUCUUCACACCAUGAAGCGUACGAGAAAAAUAUUCGUUGGGCAACAAAGGUUUUCGAAAGGGAGGAAAUUAUUGGUUUAAUUGAGCCUAUCAACCAACGGUCCGUGCCCAACUAUUAUAUGUCAAGCUAUGUUGCUGCAGUGGAUCUCAUCAAGAAAAUCAACAGUCCAAAUCUGAAAAUCAUGUUGGACGUUUUUCAUCUCCAGCAGUUGCAUGGCAACUUGACCUCCAACAUUGAGUCACUAGCGGCCGCCGGACUUAUCGGACAUGUACAAGUAGCCCAAGUUCCCUUGCGUGGAGAACCCAAUACUGGUGGGGAGAUUGAUUAUUCUUAUGUGUUUUCGCUCUUGAAAAAGAUUAAUUAUACUGGGUGGAUUGGAUUAGAGUACAAGCCCUCUGUCACAACUGUGGAAGGACUGAAGUGGGUGAAUGAAAUGGGCUUCAAAUUGUAAUGACUGAUUUGCCAUUGUGAUUAUUUCCUGGCUUAAUGUCUCAACAAGGUAAAUAAAUGAUUAUGUAAUAA